AUGUUUGGGAUGAAAUAUGUAGCUGAAACAAUUUCGUUUUUAAAUAAUGGAAACGUUAAGCAGACUCAACUUCCGUCUUCUUUACCUCAACCAAGAAUGAACAUAGGAAAGAUAUUAUCAACUUUACAAUUAUUCAAAUGUGUUUGUAUGCUGCAGACUGAUGAUGAUUACAUGGAUCUCGUUUUAUGUGAAGGAUUUGUUAAAAGAAGAUGUUGCUGUUAA